GUGCACGUUGAGACGGCAAGUUCAAGAACGAGACCGCAAUUUUACGGUUUGAAUUUUAGUCCUCAACCUUACUUGCUUGCUUGAACAAACCGGUAUUAAUAUAGCAAAAUUUAAAUAUAAAAAUGAGGUUAGAAAAAAGUGAAUGAAAAAUUUUGUUUUUUUUUAUUAUCGACAUAAACUAACCACCCUAGUGACUUAAAAAUAACAAACAAUGGUAGGAAAAAAUACGCUGAUUAUAUAUAUAACGACGAUAAUUUGUUCCACAAUAAAUUCUGCCCUAUCAAAAAUACCCACAAAAUGCGAAGGAAGCGUAGGAUUAAAAUAUUUAUGGGGAGAUGCCCUAUUAGAUUCUCCUGAUUGUGUGGGUCCUGGUAAUAUGCCAUAUCCAACAGGUGCCAUAGAUAGGAGUUUCAAAGGAUCAAAGCUGUGGUCUGGUAGUUUUAGAACAGGAAGAGCCCAAAAAACGAUAGAUCCGUUUAUUACAAGAAAUAUGCUACUCAUUGCACAUCAACAAACGGAGGAAUCUCUUACGUUGUCUAGACAAGCAAGAGCAGCUACAAUGUCACCAUCGAAUAUGUGCGCUUCUACACCUCCCAGGCUAUGUAAAACAAGAUAUAACACCACAGCUCCUAUGUAUGGUGUUUCUCUUACAUCCGGCCAACCGGUCACUAUUGUUCAAAAGUUUCCUGAUCUCCUUCAACAAGUAGUGUUUGAAGUAUGCGAAAGUUCAGAAUGUGAUGUGGUACGUGGAGAAUGCACACAAACGUACGUCCCGUAUUUAUUCUUAGUGAUUCCUUUAGGACCAGUUACUCUAACAGGACAAGACUAUGUUUUAGUGGAAAGUGGUUGUGUUUGUAGACCAAAAUAUGCCGCUCAAAAUAAUCCAGAAUCAAGUGCUAUACCUACGAUUCCAAGAAUUUGAACAAAAAGACUGUUUUCCGUUUUUGGAAUUUCAUUUAUAAUACUUAUAAAUUCUAUGUUGUAUUCUUUUUGUAAAAAAGAACGUAGAUAGGUAUAUAUAGGUACCUAUAAUGUGAAUCAUUAUUAGAAAUAUUUACUGAACAAAUCUUGUGAUUUUAUGUUUUUGAAAACGCAUAAAUUUUGUUAGAAAAUUGUUAUAGAAUCCUUAAACUUUGUUUAUCUUCUUUUUUGUUUUCAAUAUUAUUUAAUAUGUUUUUCUUUCUUUGAAUAGGUAUAUUACUAGGUACGUAAAUUGUGGUUUAUAUGGCAAAUAUUUGAUCAGCACAUAUCGUUUCUUUAUAUAAUUAAUAGACCACAAUUGUUUUUCAGGGAAAGAAAAAUGCAUUUUAGUUUAAUAAUGGCUAUUUAUAUUUAUAAUUGUUUACAUUUUUUAAAUAAUUUAUAUCAUUUUAAAGAAAUUUUCGAACAGAAUAUUUUUUUACAUAUACCUACUCCUGUAUGUCUAUAAUUGAAAAUAUACAGGUUGUUUCAUAAGUAUUAUAAUUUUUUAAUAACUUCCAUGAAAUAUACAAAUAUUUCAAGUAACUUUUUUGAAAAACUCGAAAAAUAAAGAGAAAUGGCUCACUAUUAAAAGGUUUAGGAAGUAGGUACUGACUUCUGUUUCGUUUAUUAAAGAAAAUACUUAAUUUUUGAAUAUAGUUCACGUUUAUGAUAAAACGAAUUAUUAGAUAUACAUUGUCGGCCACUCAUCAUCUUCCAAUACGCAAUGCCCAAGUGCGUGUGAAACCUACAGAGAGUUGGCAUUGGAGCGAGUGUGAAACAAAUCAUGUCAGCAUUGCCAUUUAUACGACUUGACCGCGUUGUUAUGUUUUGUUCCUUUCCUACUUCCUCUAUAGUCUAUUUGUAUGUAUGAAAGAGUAUUAAAAUAAUAAAGCGUUCGUAAUCCAUAGGCGUAUCACUUCUUUUAGUAGACAGUUAAUAAUAAUAAUAAUAAUAAUAAUAUUUUUAUUGACCAUUUAAAAUACAAUAUUUGAAAAAAAAUAAAAUACAAUUAAAAAAAAAAUUAAAGUACCAGAAAUAAACAUGGUCAAAAGGUCCUAAGAUCAGCUCAAGCUGUUCUUCCUCAAAGGCCUGCAAAUGUAAUCUAAACUAAUCUAAUAGGGUGUAACACAUGUAUAUAAUAAACAGAACUAAAACAAACAAAAAAGUACUAUGGGCCGUUUGCAUCGCUGGUCAUCAAGAAACAAAAGACUUUUAUUUUUUAAGGAAAGAUAAUAAUGACGAGCGGUGCCGAUGGAUCCUAGUAAUUUAUAUAAACCAAACAAAAUCAAAUUACAAACUUACAAAUUUGUGAAUUGGUCAUCAUAUAAUAUUUUAAACAUUUUUGUUUUAAAUGAUGCUAUGGAUAAAUUAAUUAGGGAAACAGGAAUAUUAUUAUACUCCUUUGCUAUCUGGUAUGAAAACGAGUUUUUAAAUUGUUGUGUUUGGUGUUUUGGAAUCUCAAUAGAAUUUUUUUUUCGUGUAUUUCUACUAUGAACAUCAGAACGAUAAAUAAUUUUAUUCCAAAGAUAUGGAGGACUUUUUUUAAUUAAAAUUUUGUGAAACAGGGUUAAUGAAUGAAGUUUUCUUCUAUUUAUCAUAUUUAACCAUCUGGCAUUUGCUAGUGUAUGGGAAAUUCUAUCAAAUUUUUUAAUUCCAUAUAUAAGUCGAAGGCAGGCAUUUUGUAGUUUUUGUAACCUAUUUGAAUCUGUUACUGAAAGACAAGGUCCAUAUACAAAAUCACAAUAAUUUGCAUUACUUAGAACGAGAGAGUCACAGAGUUGUAUCUUUAGUUUUUUGUCAAAUAAAUGUCUGCUAUGAUAUAAAGUUUUUAGUUUAAAAAAGGAUCUUUGUAGAACAUAAGAAACAUGAUCUGUGAAUUUCAGUCGAUUGUCUAGUAUUAUCCCCAAAUUUUUUGCUUUUUGAACAGUUGGUAGAGCCACAUCAUUAAUUUUUAUAGACACGUUAGAAGAAGCAGCUCCAAAAAACAUAACAGCUGAUUUUUCUGAAUUAAUCACCAAAUUAUGUUGGGUAGAUACUUUCACCAAGGCAUUUAGAUCGGUAUUUAUUUUCUGAAUGCACUCUGAUUCAUCGUUUUUGUUAAAAAACAUAUAUAACUGCGUAUCGUCAGCAUACAUAUGAGCUUUGCAAUAUUGUAAAACCGAACACAAAUUGUUUGUAUAUAUUGUAUAAAAAAGAGGGCCUAGGAUUGAACCUUGGGCUACUCCUCGCCCAACUUGCUCUACGCUAGACGAUACACCAUUAUAUAAUACUUUCUGUGUUCUUCCCGACAGAUAGUUUCUAAGAAAUGUUAUUGCGGUUGGUCCUAAGCCAAUAAAAUGCAAAAUGGAUAAAAACAAUUUGUGAUUAAUCAUGUCGAAUGCUUUACUAUAAUCAAGCAGAAUUAAUAAACCAACAUUUUUGGCGUCGGAUUCCUUCAGAAAGUCAUCCGUAAUAUUUAAUAGGGCCGUACCACAGCUAUAUCCCGAUCUAAAUCCCGAUUGUGUGAGUGGUAGAAUUUUAUAUUUAUCAAUGUGUUCUCGAAGUUGUUCCUCUACAACUCUCUCCAAAACCUUUGAAAGUGUAGGCAGAAUAGUUAUGGUUAAAAUAUUUUUUGAAGUUAUUCCUCGAGUAUACACAUAUUUUCACCUAAUUAACCUGCUUAUAACUUCUAAACAGCUGAAGGUAAAAAAGUGCAAUUUUUUUCUAAAAUGUUUUAUUUUUCCACAAGGUAUGUUAAGAACAUUGUGUAAAACGGGUUAUGUAGGUAUAAGGGUUUAAACUUUGACUUUUAAACAACGUUACGUUCAUAAAUAAUAAUUUUAAUAUAAAAACUACUUCUUACCUACAAAUCCAAAUCAGAAUCGAAAUCAGAAGAUAAACCAAUAUUUACAAUGAGUGGCUCGAUCAUUUCAUCAGUAAUAUUGUCCAACUUCCACAUUUUCUCUUCUUCUUUAAUCGUAUGAUUUACUGCCUUUUCCCAGUUUUCAGGCUUUACAUUAUUUACAGCCUCCAAAAACAACUGUUUAACAUCACUCAUUUUAAAAGAAUUAUUUUUUCUUGAAACUUCUCCCUUUAUAUGUGCCCAUAUCAGUUCAAUCGGGUUUACUUCGCAAUGAUAUUGUGGUGAUCUAACCACCGUCAUCCCAGGAUUUUUUGCAAUUUCAUCAAUUUCAUAUUUUUUGAAUUUCUCUUUAUGAAGGGAACACAAAUGAUACAGUUCUUUUCUCACAGAACCGGGAUGGAACUUAAUAUCCUUUGAAUUUAGCCAAUUCUGUAAAUCUUUUUUUAACCACUUGGUUGUGGGCAUUUUUUCUAUAAGUCUCGAGUGAUAACUUGAAUUACCCAUUACUAUUAUACAGUUCUGAGGAAGAAGAUCUAUAAUUUGUUCGAACCACUCUUUAAAGACAUCAGCAUUCAUUUCCUCAUGGUAGUCACUGGUACGAGUAGAUUCAAAAGUCAAUAAACCACCUUUAACAAAACCGUUUGAACUACCGAUGUGUACUAUUAUUAGUCUGCGCCCCUUUCCUGAUGGUGGAUUUAAACCAGUAGAUAAAUUAUUUAAAAAAAGCCUGUCUUCGACUUGUAACAGUUUCAUCUUGCCAAAAUUUAUUUGGUUUAUGUCCCUCGUUGAUCCAUGUUUCAUCUAAAUAAAAUAUAUUUCUUCUUUGGUUUCUCAUUUCUUUUAUAGUCCUUAGGUAAUUUCUUUUCCAUACUACAAUAUCGCUUCUUUCUAUUAAAAUAGACUUUCUGGAAUGCUUUUUCCAUAGAAAACCUAUUUCUUUUAAAAGUUUCCAUAGGGUAAUCCUUAUCAUCUCGAAACGUGGCAAGAACUUUGUCUACUGUCGGAAAUUCUUUUCUAAAGAAGAACGCAUGCACUUUCCUUCGAAGUCUUUCUUUCAAAAGAUUUUCUAAUUGAAAUUUUGGUUUUCCUGGAGCUUUACGUGCUGUUUGAAACUCGCCACAUUUCUCUUCUUUAACAACUCUGUAAAUCGUAGAUUUCCCAACACCAAGCGUACUACUAACUAAUUCCACUGUGUCAUCAACACUUUUACAUAAAUGUUUGUCUGUAAAUGAUUUAAAACAAUUAAAUAUUAAUGUUUUUUCAUUAACUGUUAAAGGACCGAUUUUUUGUCGUUUACGCGGCCCUUCCAAAUUUUCCAUGAUCACACUAGAACUCACACUGCACCUUGCAAGUUGCAACUAAACGACAUUUAGUAAACUGUCAAGAAUACACAACUUGGACCUCCUUACUAAAUGGAAAACCUAUAAUCGCAUUUUCGGUGAAAUUUGUUGGGAAGGUAUUUAUCUAUUUAUAAUUCCAUUACUGUAAGAAAUUCUUGGAAUUAAAAUAAAACAAAAUUGGCAAAUAGGUACUUAUUGAAAAUAAUCUUAAGAUACGGCUAUGUAAUCUUUAAUACACAGGGCUUUUGGUCUGUCCAAACCUUUUUCUAUUGUUCUAUACAGCUUAUGUUCAUAAAGGACCAAUAAAAGACUUGUAAUAGCUCAGGUACAUUUAUUACAAUUUUAGGAAAUAUUUAGAUUAUUCUGUAAAAAUAUUUAAAAUGACCGUACUAAGUUUUGCAUUAGAAAUGCUGUUUUAUUACUCUCUCAUACAUAAAAAUAGACUAUAGUGCUGGUUCUCUGUAGUUUUCACUCGCACUUAUGCCAAGGAGGUGUUGGAAAGUUUUUAGAUGGCUGAUACCGUAUAUUAUUAGUGUAUAGGUAGUAUCUUGGAAAUUCAGCUGUUUCAUGCACGUUGUAUUUUGAAGAUUUUCCUCUGAUAGGUCAUCAUAAACCUUGUAUAUUUUUGUGAGAACUCGCUCAAAGGGCUAGACCCUGGAGAAAUUAUUAAAGAUUAACUUGAAAAACGAUCUAACGAUAAAUACCUGAAACAUUUUUAAACAAGCUCCAGUCAGCCACUCAAUCGGAUAAUAUGGCGAAUGUUAAAUCAGGAAGAAGAGGCACAAAACAAUUUAAAGUGCAUGGUAAUGACUCAUGGUUAUCUUGAACCAAUCUUUGUACAAACCGUAAUAUAAUGGAGGCCCUUUCGAGCAGUUUCUCUGAAAGAAGCUAGCACGUACCUAUUUCUAAUUUUCUAAAAAGCAAAAGAAGGAAAUAAUAGGAUUUUUAUUUCCCUCACUUAUUAAAAAAAAGACUACUUAUGAAACACUCUGUAUAUCUUACAAAAAUGUACAUAUUUGUGUCAUGUUAUGAUGCUAAAUAUUUUGGCCGACUUACUACAAGGACGAUAUUUUAUUUUUCUCUUUUUAGAACUAUUUCAUUAAAAAAAAAUGUAGUGCGCUGGCCAACUACUGAAGAUUUUAUUU